GCCCGCAGGCCGCCUUGCGGUGUGGACGCGUCGCAGCGCGCGCGAGUGAUACGAUCGUGAACGGUGUUGGUUUUAUGGUGUACAAGAUUUGACUUUACGCAGAUGGAAUACGUAAUUCGCAAAUGAAGGAUGACUGCGUCAGCGUCAGCGUCAUGUAACUCAGUAAUAUGAAUCUAACUAACUACGUCGUGUACAUCAUCGGCCUGUUUUGGCUAACACUGACUGAUGCGAAAAUUGGCUACUUCUGGCACAUCACAGAUCUCCAUUAUGACCCGUUCCACAACUCCCUGGAGCUGCACAGAGGAUGUAGACACCGGGGCAGCGUGGAACACAACCACCGGAACGAGAGACACAGAGACCACUCCUGCGAUAGCUCCUGGAACCUGAUACAGAGCGCGGCCGCGCUGAUGGCCGCGAGACAUCCAGACACCUUGGAGUUUGUGCUGUGGACUGGUGAUAUCCUGUCAUCAUCCAUGGAGCAUCUAAAAGAGGAAUAUAAACUAGAAGCAGUCCGGAACGUGACAGAUAUCCUGAGCCGCACGUUCAGCAGCCAGUUCGUCUUCCCAGCGCUGGGUCACAACGACCCCCCACCGUCGAGGAAGCUAGUCGACAUGUGGAUGCAGUGGCUGCCUACUGAAGCGCUCCAGACCUUUGAGACUGGUGGCUUCUACACAAUAGAGCAGUCCCACAGUAAGCUGAGGAUUGUGGUGUUAAACAGCGUGCUUUGGGCUGGCGGAGCCGCUCGAACUGACGGCCCACACCGGGGCAGAGCGCAGUGGGAAUGGUUAGAGCAAGUGCUCAGCAAGGCUAGGAGGAAAAGUGAGAUGGUGUACAUAGUAGCACACGCCGGCCCUGGCGUGGAAGAACGUCACGGCGCCGGCAGCGCCUCAGCGGCUGGAGGGGGCGAGUUGACUCCUCAAGCGAACGCCAGGCUUAUACACCUCAUCAGGGCAUUCAGUGACGUCAUUGUGGGGCAGUUCUAUGGCCAUAGACAUACUGAUACCUUCAGACUAGUGUAUAGUGAAGGUCGACCAGUGUCUUGGGCAUUCCUCGCGCCGUCGGUGACCCCGAGGGGCGCCGGCAGCAUAUCCAAUCCCGGCUUGAGACUGUACAAAUUUGACUCCAACAACGGAAAGGUGUUGGACUACACCCAGUAUUACCUAGACGUGACGACAAACCGCGGCGAGCACCACUGGGCCAUCGAGUACAACCUGACCCAGUAUUACGGCCUGCGGGAAGUCAGCGCGACAUCAUUGGACGCGCUGGCGGAUCGCAUCAGGAAUUAUCAUGAUCGGACUAUAUUUAACAAGUACAUAAACGCACUAAGAGUCCGCCACGCUCCAGACUUCGAUUGCGACUCGGCGUGCGUACACGUCCACUACUGCGCCAUCACCCGCGCGGAAUACCAGGAGUUUCGUGCAUGUGUCCGCAACCCUGCCUCGGCGCUAGCGUCGCGCGCUCCUAGCAACUCCGCCGCCAUCUUGCUGUACGCCAUUUUGAUUUUGAUCUCGUCAUAGAAACUGACAGUCAUAUCACCGUCAUUUUGGUUAAGUUACCUACCUAAGUAAAGUUUUGUGCGUUUCUGUAGCGAUCUUGAUUGGCAGUUGUUCAGAAAUA